CCACAAUCGAACUAUUGAGAUCCAUCGCUGGGGAUCCUAGAAGAUUUUCAGCAGCGGUUCGUGUCCUGAUUUGGUCUCCACCGUGAGCUCCGCCACGUCAGCAAGGCUGUUUAACCAACAACCAAGAUAAGCGCCCUGCAUGUCCAUUCGCACUAAGCCUCCAAACCUCACCGCUGGUCCGCGCAAGUGUUGCAUGUCAGGCUGUGCUGAUUGAUAUUUAUUGACUAUCAAUGUUCGCCCGCCUUCUUUCUGUACCCGUACAACAACAGCAACGAACAUGAAGCCUUGACUGUUGGCAUCCGCCAUAAACUUUACCCUCAAUCACAAUUCUGUUUUUCACCGCAAUAAUCAUGGUCUUGAUAUUUUCCGUUCCCAGUGGCUCGCAAGCGCAUAACGUUUGUCUUGUCGCCUUCGCUCUCACUUUCAUGUCGCGAGCCAGCUCCGCCCUUGCACAGAGUAAAGUUAACGCAGAUGCAAACCCCUGGGUCUUGAACUACAAGUCGAAAGCUGGUCCUGAUGGACCAUGGAAUGCCAUCACACAGCUAGUGGACUUUCCCGAGCAGAAUGUCACUUUCUUUCCUUCUCUCACCCAGACGAGUCUGUUUAUACAAGCCGGUGCUUGCGACACACAGGACUCGGCGUGUCAGCUUCAGAAGACAGGAUUGUGGACACAGAGUGGCGCUCACUCGCUUUCCAAUUGGGUCAAUGUAUCUGUCCCUCGAGCGUCGACAUGGGAUACAGCAGCAGCACCUCUAGACCUUGAAGGAUCUGCUGUUCUCACCAUAGAUCGAAUCGUCCUGUGGUCAGCGGAUCGUGCUGAUGGGCCAUAUUAUCUGGAUGGUGUGGCUCUCACUAUAGCGUCUAAUUAUACGGUAACGCAACCGGAUACUGAUUCUCCGUAUACCUUGGACGUCGGCAUGCUAUCAUUGGACACAGCACUGGACACAGUCAACUGGACCACCACCAACGGCUCUGAUGUCACCUAUAACAAAUUCCUCAAUCAAGCUUAUCAAACAGGAAACAUUCCUUCGGUCUCUUAUGGACUCCAUGUGGGCUCAGUCUGGCCUCUAGUGUCUGGAAGUCUCAUACUAGGCGGCUAUGAUCGGUCUAGAUGCAUCAGCACGCCCAUCGUCUCCGGCGACAAUCAUUUCUCGCUUGCUGAAAUUGGCCUUGAAGUUGCCUCGGGAGGAUGGCCAUUCUUGAAGUCCGCGAGUAUCAACCAUGAGCAUCUUCUGACGGGCAACGGGACGGGUGACGAUAGCACAUUGUCAGCAAUGCCCAACCCUGGCGUACCUUACUUGUACCUGCCUGACAAGACGUGCUCAGCAAUAGCAGCGUUCCUUCCUGUCCACUUUGACCAAAGUCUUGGACACUAUAUCUGGAAUACGACAGAUCCGACAUUCAAGCAGAUCAUCUCGUCGCCAUCGGCACUGAAAUUCUCUUUCAAUACAGAUUCGGGCCUACAAAACAUCUCAGUACCCUUUGCACUUCUCAACUUGACGCUGGAUUACCCCCUCUCGAACACGCCGACGCAGUACUUUCCUUGUUCUUCCUAUGCGCCGGACGCGGGCUCACCUUACCAUCUAGGUCGCGCGUUCUUGCAAGCAGCAUUCUUGGGGCAGCACGGCCAGGCGAACAAAACGUUUCUGGCCCAAGCACCAGGACCUGGCAUGAAGGCAGCGGUAGUUACAAAGCUCUCUGCUACCGACACGACACUUACAGCCAUGGCAAAUCCGCCAAGUUGGAAUUCGACGUGGACUGACCAGCUCAAGGCACUACCUCAAAGCUCUGCAUUGAAGGCGACAAACAAGGAGACUUCCGGGGGUUUAAACAGAGGAGCCAUCGCAGGUAUCGUUGUAGGUGCAGUAGCUGUUGUUGUGCUGUGUGUGAUUGCAAUCUUUGUAUGUUGGCGUCGUCGCGGAUCCAAAAAAGAGCAGACUGUACAAUGGGGUGGCCACCAGCAUGUUUCGGCAAAAGAUGAGUUCCUAGGAGGCGGAGAGAUCAGCGAGUCGGCCAGCGAGCCGAUUCAUGAAGUGGCUGCUGAGCAUACAAAGAAAAGUGGCAACAGUAAUGGAGUCACAGCCGAGAUGGAAGUGCCGACAUAUAUUGGAGAACUGGAAGGAAGCUAUGCAUAUGGGAGAAGCCAAGUUCUGUCAAGAGACGGACAAGGCAGAUGGUAGAAAAGAGUGGUUGGGGGAGUACUUCACAUGUCAGAGUAAGCAUGGCGUUCGGCGAGCCGGGCUGUCGGAGACGGUGACAUGUUGCAGCAUCUCAUCAGAAGCAUGCAUGUAUUCAUGCAGGAAGUGUUGAGGAUUACAAAAACGCAAACAGGACAUGUGCAUGGAUAAGCAUGCUUCCAAGAGUGAAAUGGACUUGACUCGGUGAUGGGCGGGUCUCAUGUUUUGAUGACCAU